CAAGUGCUGAGUGGUGCAUCAGUGGAGGAUGGAGUUUCCACUGAGGACUAUGUUGCUUCUCUCUCUGGGGCUGCUGCUGGCUCGGGAAACCUUUACCAAGGACGAUAUAAAGCUGUAUGAGACGGCAGACGUGGAGGUCUCGGAGGGAGACAGCGUCACACUCCAUUGUUGCUUGAGAGCCGUCGACCCCACAAAGUAUAGAAUGAAGUGGUUGAAAUAUAAGGGUCAAAUUCUUCACCAACCAACAGCCGUGAGGUAUGACGGAGAGGGCUGUGGUUCGGCCCUGUCACCUGUGAACAACGGUACCUGUGGCUGUGCCACUCUGACCCUUCCCAACGUCACCCGCAACCACACUGGACGUUACAUCUGCCAGGUGACCAUCGAUAGGCCCAUACUUAUUCAGUAUUGGGGAAACGGCACGAUGAUCACUGUCACGGAACGACAGAGCCCAACCAACGGAACAACACAAAAAAAUUCGGCUGAACACGCUGCAAUGCAAUUCCCCGUCGUCGCUUCGCUGGGAAUAGUAAUGGCCGCCGUGUUCUUUGUCACUCUGUUAUGUCUGUGGAAGCUGCGGAAGAGACAAGCAAGGGUGAUCUAUGAGGUUCCCCACGAGGACUCUGAGGUGGACGGAACCAGCACCAGCUCGUCCAAAGGGUCCUCCCAGUGGUGUCAGGUACCCGUGUAUGAGUCCUUCGACUACUUUGAGUGUGUGGUGGAAAGCAAGGCCAGUGGAUGAGGGAGUCUCAAUCUGUUGUUUCCCUUGUUGGUCUUGUAAAUAUCUCACUCUGAUACGUUCUGUCAUCUUCUGUUUCCAUCCAAGUUGUUUUUAAAUAAGCUAAUUGAAAGUCAUAAUUUAACUGUGAAAUAGCAAUGAAGCCCUAUUAGAUGUAAUUGAUGAUGAGUGAUGAUUGUAUCUCAUUGUGAAUAAACAAUUUUA